CACAAACAUUUAGCGUCGUUAGAAAAGAAUUUCAACUUAAAAGUUUGACUUUUUCGGGCGAGAUUCUGCUUAAAUUCUACACAAAUUGAAGUAGUUUUAUACAGGGAAUGUUCUUGGUAUUACCCUGAAGUGGUAAGAAAGAAAUAGGACCUUAAUUUGCUAUAAAACUCCUCAUUAUCGGUGAGUGUUUAUAAACUAUUUGCAUUCAAUUUUUGUUCGAAAAACGUCGCUAUUAUAAAGCUUCGUUUUAUCGGAGCGAGAUGGGAGGCCGUGUUGUACCCAACAUCAAACUAAUAGCGCUUAAUCUGGUUGUGGUUUGUUUGCUUCUCGUGGUAACCGAAAGUGUUUCGUUUGAUGGGAAUUUAGAUAUUAUUCCGUUUGAAGGAUCUGAACAUGUACGUAGCACAUCAAGCCGCUUUAUUUCCAUGAUGUUAAAGAAAUCGGCAGCCAACAGGUAUAGCGAGAAAUCUUCACUUGAAAGUCAAUCGAGGGUUCGCCGAGAUUAUGACGAAGCCUUGGCGAGGGCUCGCCGAGAUGAUGAAAUUGAACGUACCAAGCAAGAUGAGUUACGAGAAGAGUAUGAGAGGCGGUUAUUUGAGAGUUUGAAUAUUAUCGGUACAGUUGAAGCAACCCGGCUGUAUGUCCCUGAGUAUAUACAAGAUGACACCACGACAACAGGAUCCCCUAAAGCUUUUAAUAUCGAGAUUGGUACGGUGGUUGGUAAAGUACGUAAGCUGUUUCCGCAUGGGAAACAGUUGAUUGUCUGGCCGUACGAGGGGUGGCGGAAUUUCACAGUUGAUCAGAACACUGGCGAGAUUAAGACAACCGCCAAAAUGGAUUUUGAACUGAUCUGGCUGUAUAACAUGACGAUUCGUGAUUUUAAGCAUAAUUACAGUGACCCUAACCCAUCAACACGACAACCACCAAUGCCAGAUCCGUUGCCGGAACCUGACCCAAAAACAGAUUAUGUUGAUCAUUAUUUGAUUAUCGAAGUCAUUGAUCGGAAUGACAAUGUGCCGAAAUUUAUCCGUGAUACAACCAGAGGUGGUCUAUUCACUGGACAAGUGAACACAAACGCUCGUGCAGGAACGCCUAUACUUUAUAUUCACCCUGAAGAUGGCGACAGUGGGCCAAGAGGUCGGAUACGUUUCAACAUAAAAACUGAUGAUGGAAAACAAUCUGAUUUUACGAUUGAUCCUAAAACUCAUUUAUUGAAAACAGCUGGGGGUAAAAAGCUUCCGAGUGGGGACUACAAAGUAAAUGUCGAGGCACUCGAUUACGGAAUGCCACCAAAAUCAAGCGGUUUUCAAGAAUUCUUAGUCCGUGUUCGGAAACUCGAACCUGAAUUCUUUGGCAUUCCAUAUAAUCUUAAUUUCUCAGAGGCAAGUGUCUGUGGUAGUGUAGUGGCGACAGUUGCAGCAACAAGUAGAUCAGGUAUGCCAAUUAAAUAUGAAAUACUUACAGCUAAUGUUAAGAACACGUUUGCAAUCAACCACCUUGGGCAAAUAACACUCUUACGUAAGCUUGAUUAUGAUACGGGUAACAGCUCUGACAAAAUGUUUACAUUUAACGUGCGUGCAACCGAGGAUGCCUAUGAAGGUCGUUCGACAGAUGCUAUUGUGAACUUAAAGUUAGUAAAUGCUGAUAAUCAUCUCGGAAUGUUUAAGACGCCAGCCAAGCAGCUUCAGUUUGAAGAGGGUUCGUUUCGUGCAGGUGGAGACAUUUAUAAAGUUGAUGUGGAGGAUUGUGAUUGUAAAGAAAACUGUGAAUGUAAGACAGGCGAAAUGAUUUACAAAAUCGGCGAUACGGAAGGCUUCUUUGAUAUAACGAGUGGUGGACAAAUUCGAAACAUUAAAGAUUUAGAUUACGAGAAGCGGAAUUACUUCUUCUUUCCCGUUCAAGUCAUAGAUCCUGGGAAAAAUGGCCGCACAAGGACAUCUUAUGUUGAGAUAACUGUUUUGGACGUUGAUGAUACCCCUCCAAACUUCCCAACACCCAAUUAUGAUUUUGCUAUCUUUGAGGAUGCACCAAAAAAUCAGGUCAUUGGUGUUGCACAAGCCUUAGAUCCAGAUCCAGCCACGAAACCUGAUGAUAUUACAUACAGUAUCACAAAUGCAGAUCCAGUCGAGGGAAGAGAGUACUUUACUAUCGGAAAUCAAGGAGUUAUAACAGUUCUUAAGAACACCAAUCGAUUUCGAGGCUUUGAUAUUUAUGAAUUAACCAUCACCGCAAUUGAUAAGGGGAACCAUCGAUCAGAUCCUCCGGCGACCGUUAAAAUUCGUGUCCUUGAUGUUAACGACCACCAGCCUGUUUUUAGAGAGUGUAAGCAGCAAAGUAUCAAAGAAAAACAGCCUAUCGGCACUCUCUUGACAACUUUAACUGCAACAGACGAGGACAGAGGUGUGAAUAAAUUGAUUGAAUACAGCCUUGCACUGGUGCAGAAACACAAUUUCUUUAAGAUUAACAAUCAAACUGGUCGUGUAAGUACAACUAUAGAGCUUGAUAGAGAACAAUAUGAUGAAAUCUUUGUGGUUGCCAAGGCAACAGAUGGUGGUGCUGGCAGAAGUGAACCGUUGAGGCAAGUUGGCUAUUGUCAGUUUAUCGUCAAGGUUGAAGAUGUGAAUGAUCAUCAUCCCAUGUUCACUGUUCAAACAUUUAAAGUGAAUGUUUUGCGGACAUUGGCUAUAGGAGACACAUUGCUUCAAGUGGAAGCUGUAGAUCCAGAUCUGGGAGUAAAUGCAAACAUUGAGUAUGUGAUCCUUACACAGAAACUUGGUACAAAAGAUGAUAAGGAGUACUUAGAAGUUGUUAAAGCAACUGGUGAAGUGAAAGUUAAAACGAGCAUGGGUAGUGUUAAUAACGAUCAGGAGAUAGUGCUGGUUAUACAAGCUACCAACAAGAUCCCAGUCAUUGGUUCUCUUAUUAGUACUCCGAGUCAAACAACUGUGAGAGUGAAGAUCUCAUCAAUUCAAGGUCCAGCUGCACAACUAAAAUAUACGGGUACUGUAAGGGAAAAUCAGAAUCCUGGAGUAGUUGCGUUGAAAUUAACAAUUCCUGGAACUAAUUUGGUGUUCUCAUUGCAAACUAUCCGAGAUCGGGGUAAUUUACCAUUCCACAUUGGCUCAACAUCUGGUGAAAUUAAAACAACAAAACCAUUGGAUUUUGAAUUUAAAAAAUCUUACCUGUUUGCUGUGACGGUACAUGAACAGGGCAAAACAGGAUCUACCUCAAUCAUUGUUCAAAUCAAUGUCAUUGAUAUUGAUGACGUUGUUCCUAUAUUUGGGAAUGACAAUUAUGAAGCGACUGUUUCAGAAGCUGCUGCAGGCGGAGUCAAUGUCUUCCGUGUCCAAGCAAGCGACCCUGACCCAAUCAAUGGUGACAAAAUUCUUUACAAAAUUGAACCAGGACUUGAUUCUAAAACAUUUACAGUAUCGGAGAUGACAAAUUUUGCUCAAAUCAAGACUGCACCUGGACUUAAAGUAGGAGAUUUUGAUCGAGAAAAGAAAGAUACUUACACAAUUAUUAUUGAAGCAUAUCGACAAAGUUCUCCUAGUUUAAAGAGUACAGCUAUACUGAUCGUUCAUGUUCGUGAUGAGAAUGACUCUCCUCCUAUCUUCGCAAAGACAGAUUACAAGGCUGCAGAUAUCCCAGAGAACAUUCCGGUGCCAUAUAUCGUACCUAAUCUUGUUCUCAAUGCUACAGACCAAGAUAUUUUAGAAAAUGGUGAUGUAUAUUAUUUUAUUACUUCUGGUAACGAUGGUCGAUUCUCCAUGGAAACUAUUGUUGGACAGGAUCGGAAAAAUACUGGACGACUGAUUGUUAGUCGUCCAUUGGAUGCCAAAAAGUCACCAGAAUUUGAAAACAAUCCUGUGUAUACUUUGACGGUGACAGCCACAGAUCGUAAACACACAGCAACCGCUACAGUAACUGUGAGGGUAAGUUUAUUUUGCUUUAUCUUGUCAUGGAAACUAUUACAUUUUUGAAUUGGGUGGGGUUGUUAAAUUAAUCGAUAAACUGGAAAAAACUAUGUUUUUUGAAAACUGAUUCAGCCAAUAUAACACUAGGCAAAACACCAGAAAAAACUGUUUGAAACUCCGUCAUAUUGAAACAAAGUAGCAGUGAUUUCACUUAUUUGUGGAAAAUUGCAAAGCAUUGAAGCUAAACAGAUAAGCAAAUCACACGCUUGAUUAGUUCAACAGAAUUAGGUAGACACAAAAACGGCAAGGUAGAUAUCUACAAAAGCAGUGUACGACUGUGGUAUAUUUUGACAUCAGUUAUAAAUUUUUUUCCAGAUGCUUUUCAGUUUUUACCGUGAACUGUGUCACCCUAUGUUUGAAUAACAAUUUUAAAUGACUGGCAUUAUACUUUAUUGUUUGUGUAGCAUCAUGUUUCUAAUCUUUUAAAUUUAAAAACACCUUUGCCCACAAUGCAAGAAAUGUCUAUUUAGGGGGCAUUAAUUGAGGACUGUGCUCUCGUAUCCCUCAAGAAGUUGUGUGUUUCACUACCACGUUCUUGUUGAGAGGUCAGCUUCCUGUGUUGAGCGUGUCAAAAAUUUCUCUGUCCAUAUCACUUUAGGCCAUAAGAAAAUGCUAUUUUAUAUAUCAAAUAUCACUUUUCCCAGAUCCAAGAUCGUCCUGACUCAAAGCCAGAAUUCCUAGAACCUUACUAUGAGAAAUAUCUGCCUGAAAAUGCAGGCCCAGGCCUUCCAGUUGUACAAGUGAAAGUUCGAAAACCUGAAGAUCCUCAAGCUGUGAUACGCUACAGACUGGAUGAGAAGGCAACACCAUAUUUUGAAAUAAAUGAAGAGACUGGAAUGAUCAAAACUGCUGGUGAUCCAUUGGACUGGGAGAUCACACCUGUAAUUACAUUCCCAGUUUACGCCUAUGAACGUCGCAGUCCAAACAUUACUGGUCAAACCUUUGUCAGAGUUGUGGUAAGUCAAACUAUCAUAUCACUACUAGUUGAUUCAAAUUAUAAUCUGCAGUAAAUUAUUAUGCCAGCCGGGAGUGGAAAAAAUUUUAUUCUUUCUGGGAACCUGGGUCGAAGGCUAGAAAUUUUCUGUAAAAUUUGCAAUGUUACAAUUACAAAAAUACAAAUGCUUAAUUAUUGUAUUAUUUGUACUUUAGUAAUAAUAGGUUUUAGGCUGGUUUUCGUAUGCUCGUACAUCGCAAUAGUUGUCUGUUAUAUACCACAGUUAUGAGUUAUGACCAACUAGUAAGGAUCUAAACGCUUAACUAAGUGUCCUAUCAUCUUAUUUAUUCCAUCACUUUUAUUUGUUUACUAUUUAAUUUGCAGAGCAGAUAUUUACCAUUUUACCUCAUUGUGAUGGCAGGGUGGGUAAAAGAAUUAAUUUAGAACUGUCAAAUAUUUAAAAGGCUGCUGAUGUUAGUGUGUACAGUGUAAAUACAGUAGAAUAGUUGUAACUUGUAAGUUGAGUAAACAGAGUUAUCUCAAAAUGUUGAAAUAAUUUCUGGAAAAUUUUCUGCAAAACUUUCAACUUAAAAAAAAUUCUGGGAACUAGGUUCCCAGGUUCCGCUACUUUUUACACCCCUGAUGCCAGCCACUUUUAGUGCAUUGAUACUAAACUAAACAAUUCUCCUUCACUACCUCCUGCCCCCCCCCCCCUUCCAGCAAGCUACAUACAUUACCCCUGCAGAAAAAUAGUUUUCUUCCCCUCAAGUAAUUCAUUUUACACCCCACCUUACAGUAAACUGUUCAGCCCAACAGUAAACCACUUUGCCCCCUCUCCCACAGCAAACUAUUUUGCAACGUCACAGUAACGUAGCUAGCUGCUCAGAAAACUAUUCCCUCCCCCCUGAAAUAUGAUUGACUGUUCAUCCUUGUAGAUUAAUGACGUGAAUGAUGCAUCCCCAGUAUUCCCGGAUCAACCCUAUGUUGGUUAUAUUAAAGAGAAUAUGCCUGCUGGUACAUUGGUCAGAUGCAUUAAUGGUAUCGAUCGUGAUAAUCCUGAUAUCAAUGAUGGCAAAAAUGUGAGACUGACAUACGAGCUGCUCACAAAUACUGGAGAAGAUCCAUUCGACAAGGAUGGUAAACUGUUUACCUUUGACAGCAGUGGCCGACUGGAAACGAGAGUCAGACUAAACGCUGAAGAAUUUCGACGAAACUUAUCGAUUCGUAUCCGCGCAUGGGAUGAUGGUAACCCACGGUUAUGGGGCGAAACUGACGUUACAAUAGUUAUCCGCGAUGUGAGUGAAUUUCCAGCAUGGUUCCGAAAGCGCGACUACGAAGCAACUGUUUCUGAAUCAAGACCUCCCGGGUAUGUUGUGUUACAGCUGACUACAAAAGAUCGUGACUUUGCACCACCAAAUAACUACGCCUUCUCUUUAAAGAGUGGCAAUGUGCCAUACGCAUUUGAUAUCAACCAGGAAACAGGUGAAAUAGUCGUUGCUGGCGUUCUUGAUAUUGAGAAGAUAGCCAAGAGAGUAUACACACUUACUGUUGGUUUGAAAGAACGAAACGAUGAGUUAUUAAUUCCUGAUGCACUUGGUUUACAAAAAGCAUUUGAAGACACAGCCACGGUUAAGAUUACGAUCGAGCAAGGAAAUGACAAUCGACCAACUUUCACGAAAUCUGACAAGAUUUAUCACACAACAAUCUCAGAAGAUACCCCUGUGGGAACGAAACUGAAUCUCGGGAUUGCAGCCACCGAUGACGAUGUAGGAUACAGUAACAAGUUCAGGUCAGUUAAAUUAACACACUUUGCAAUGAUAAUUGCUUAUUAGAAUGAAAUUAUUAAAGGUAGUGUGUUCUAAUCAUCUUCCUUGCAGCUAAGUGCAGAAUUUCAAAGGAAGCUACUCAAAGUUUUACUAAGAUGCCUUUGUCUGUCAUCAUACCACCCAUGAGGGCAGAUACAGCCUCGUUCCCAGGCUCUUACCUCUUGUGGUGGAAGAAAGACCUGAUUGGAGCUGGUCACGUGAUCUGCAGAUUUUUAAUUCAUGAUGAUGUUGAUAAAUAUUUGAUAUUUUUACUUUAUAACUUGCAUUUUAUUUUGCAAGUUUGAUUUGAUUUGAUUUUAAUAAAGGAAUCCAAAAUAGUUAAUUAGAAAUCUGCUAGAUUUUAGCAGAUCACGUGACCAGCUCCUACCAGGGUAUUUCCUCCACAAGAGGUAAGAGCCUGGGAACGAGGUUGGGACAGAUAAGGUGGAGGGUUUGUUUUUGGUUAGAGAUGAAACGGGAACUCUGAGACAAACCCUCGAGCUUAAAGGCCGUUUUUUACUUCAAGCGUAACGUACCGACAUGUAUCAAAACAAAUUUUAAAUUUCAAAAUUUAGUGAAUGGUGAUUGGUUAACACUUCCAUAGUGCGCUAAAAAGUUGACUUGCGACGAACUUUUUAUUUUGAUCCGCGAAUCAACCGGAAGUAAGUAAAUUUGAAAACCCAUCUUCAAGCUGCGCAUGCUCACCAGUACGUUACGAUACGGGCGAAGUGAAAAACGGCCUUAAUGCUUUCCCAAGACUAUCAUGUAUUCUAUUGAAGUUAAAACAUAGCUGGAACACUAAUCAAACCUUAAUUUUGUUAAUCUGGAGCUUGAAAUGUCCCCUGGAACAAUGCGUGACUGACAAAUCUCGUCACCUUUCGGCAAUACUCGUUACCUCUCGGCAAUUCUCGUUACCUCUCGGCAAUUCUCGUUACCUCUCGGCAAUUCUCGUCACCUCUCACCCUUGUUUGACUGGGGCUUUACUUUUUCAUUAUCAGGUUUCGAAUCACAUCGGGAAAUGUCGGUGACUGGUUCGGAGUGGCUAAACCAGACAAUGCCUCAAACAGGGCCGAUGUUAUCAUCCAGUAUCCACUGGAUCGAGAAUUUAAAGAAAUCUACCAGAUGCAGCUGGUUGUUAUAGAUGAAGGCGGGGUUUCAGGUUUGUGUUCGAAUUUAAUGCUAUGCUUUUAUGCAGUUGCGGAUCUGGCCUGAUUGGUUAGAGGGGUGUAGGUUUUCCAGAGAGGGGUGUAUUACUACAGUGGUCCGGGGCCAUUCUCUCCCAAGACAUUUUUGAAAUUUGAAGCCACAGUACUUGUAUUUGGGCAAAGAAGUUUCGGCAUAGCAAAUUUGAAGCCACAGUACUUGUAUUUGGGCAAAGAAGUUUCGGCAUAGCGUCGACAGAUUCGUUUCACAUGAGGCGUAAAAAAAUACCUGUGGUUCCGGUUUCAUAUCGUGAAAAAAUUAGGGUCGGUAGGUCGGAAAUAAAUUUUUUUUUUAAUAGUUUUUUCAUGGUUUUGCCGUUUUUUUGCUGGGCGAUUUGCAGUAGAGUCCCGACAUCAAUAUUAACUAGAGGUGCGUAUUUCCUAUGGACGAAUUGAGGCAAUUUGGUUCAAUAAUUAUUGUGACAACAGACGCCAUUUUGGCACGCUGUAUGAGCAGCCCGCAACCACCUGGAGAAAAUAGGGUCGCACGGUCAAUCGCGUUGAAAAAUAAUAGGGUCGGCAGAAAAAAAUAGGGUCGGUCGGGAACCGGAACCACAGGUAUUUUUUUUACGCCUGAGUCCGUAGCCACGAUCUCAGAGGUGAAGGACUUUGUCUUUUCGGACGAAUUAGUUUUUUCCUUCCCCAAUUCCAUCCAAACGGACCAACCGUCUCUAAUAUAAAUCCGGCUAUUAUUCAAAGUGGAUAUCGAUGUUAACAAUGACAAUCCAUUACCUUGCAGACACAGCUUGGCUUAGAAUCACCCUGACGGACAAGAACGACAAUGCGCCAAGGUUCCUACCUCCAUACUACUCUGUCACAAUCCUAGAAGGAACGUGUGAUGCUAACACACCACUUGCCACCAUUACCGUAGUCGAUGAUGACGAGCCAGACCAAGGACCGUUCAAAAUUGAAUUUGCUCCAAAUGGUAACCCUGGCACCCGAUUUCAACUACGUAAUCCCACCCACAACACUUCGCAACUCUAUUGUUCUGGUGUAAUUGACCGUGAGGUUACCCCAGAUUUGAAAGUGGUCAUCAAGGCAACCGAUGAUCCACCACAAAAAGAUUUUCCAAAACUGUCAUCUACUGUAAAUGUUUUUGUGCAUGUAGCAGAUCGAGAUGACCACUCCAGUCCCACAAGCUCCGCGAGAAUGAGGGUUGUUGUGAAUGCUGUAAAUGGAAAGUUUGUCGGUGGUGAGGUUGCCAAGACUUACUUCAAAGAUACAGAUGGUGACGGUGAUAGCAGCGCUAUGACAUACAGCUUGAUAGGUACAGUAUAAGUGCACGAAAUAUUUUCGCGAUGACUUAACGCUUGUCUUAUGACGAAUAGCAGUUACGCAAAAAACAAUGGAGAUGGACUUCUGUAUAGUAUUCUGUGAUGUAGAUACGCCAUUUGCAUACAGCGUCUUUUUACAGACUUUGUUAUGUUUAAUUAUCCAAACGUUGUGUUUAGGUUCAGACGAUUUCGCAGUAAAAGCUGAAGACGGCUGGAUCACCGCUAAGCCCACUGUGAAGCUUGGCAAGUACCAGCUCAAGAUUCUAGGACGAAGAGGAAAUUCGCGACCAGUUUGCGAUGUUGACGUCAUUGUUCGUGAUAUUCCUUCGGACGCAAUUGAAAACAGUGCGGCGAUUCAACUUCACGAGGUCCUGGACCCUAACCGAUUCUUAAAUCCCAUCCGUGUGGGGACGAGCAACAACUUUGAAACGAUUACCUACUAUGAUCGUUUUGUGAAUAUGUUGUCUAAUUUGUUCGGUGUUUCCGUAGACAAUGUGUUUGUGUUUAGUAUUCAAGUGUCCAAACAAGUGAAGCCAGGGAGACCCUAUCCUGCUAUAGAUGUUCAUUUCUCCAUCAGGAAAGAGUCGACGGUGAAAAGUUCUUUCUUACCUCGUUGGCUUUUGAUCAAUGUUUUGGAGCAUCGUAACUCAACGACAACACUCAACGACAUUGGUAAGAAAUACGGAAUCUCUCUUUCGCACGAGAAUGCUUCCAAUUUGACCACACACCACAGGUUUUCUCUGGGUAAAAUCUUGAACAGUCAGAGUAGGUAGUGGCAAUAAUAAGAAAGAUUUGAAUUGAUAGGGAUACUACAACUACAGUACCUGAAAAAUACAUGGAGAACCUCGACUUUUCGAGCGAAGAUCCUUCUAAAUUCCCGACGAAGGUCCUUCGCUCGAAACGUUGAAUUUCUCCUUGUAUUUUUCAGGUAGUUGUAUCCCUAUUAAUCCGCCGCACUCUGGUUUCCUCCUGUAGUAAUUACUGGACCAAUAAUAAUGUACCUCUAAGAACAGUUUAGAACGGACGGAGCUAUUAUCAACUAUGAACAAAAUUAGUUUAGUUCUCCUGCAGCAACACUGGACAAAUAAGGAGUAUAUAGAACUUGCUGGAACGGUCUGUGUGGGUAGCGACGAUAACGAACAGCUGUGAUGCGAGAGAGAUUUGUCUACAUGAAAAGUAUAAGAAGAACGUUGACAUUUCAAGCCAAGGCCCUUCGUCGAGAAGUUACGUGCCAAAUUUCCCAACGAAGUUCCUUCGAUCGAAAUGUCGAAGUUCUCCUUGUAUUUUCAGGUAGUUGUAUCCCUGUCAAUCCUAAGCUUUCCUGUAGUCAACUUUAACCCCUGGUGUUAAUCUUCUUUGUAGGUUUCAAACUGGGUAUGAUUGGUCUUGAUUACUGUGCACAAGAGAUGCUGAAAUCAGGCAUGUGUCGUAAUGUGAUCCGUGCCGUUGUUGAUGAAUUUAAUGUCGUGAGUAGUGAUUAUGGUCUGAUACCAGUCCCUGAUUAUGCUGUGGCGAUUACCUCCAUCAAAGUGGUGGCGGAUGCGGAAUAUGAUCGUUAUCACCAAGAUCCUGAUCCAGAAUAUGACACGUGUAUUGAUGGAUUCAGUUGUCUGAAUGGAGGUAAGAUUGAGGGUCGGAGAGGAGGGGGAUUGACGACAAGGAGGGAUAAUUUGGGAUGGGAGGGGUGCAGCAUAUUGCUUUGACCUAGAAUAAGAUAUUUUUAUACAGGAGUUGUCUUAAUGCAGGUAAGGUUGGGUGGGGUAACGAGCAUGAAGGGAAUUUAGGGUGGGGUUGGAUUAAGAUAUUUAUAUUCCAGGAGUCAGUUGUCUUAAUUGAAGGUAAGGGGAAACAAAAUUCAUGUAAGUAGAAUUAUUGUUGGUUCUUGCUUUUGUGACCAUCACCAAGGACUAACCAUUUCACAGCAAUUAUGUUGAAGGCCAUGCAAACAAAAGAUCCAAUUUGUAUUCCCUAGGAAAAUGUCAUGAUGUUGUCCCACGAGGUUUUGUCUGUCAGUGUCCAGGGGCAUACAGUGGUCCUAGAUGUCAACUUACUACUAGAACAUUUGAGGGUGACUCUUACAUCUGGUUACCUCCCAAGACUCCGCAUCACUUUGGUAGCGUCUCACUUGAGUUUGCAACCAAUGCAGCCAGCGGUCUGCUGCUCUAUCAAGGCCCUGCAGUGAAAGGUAAUUGUCACUGAUCUCAGAAUUGACUAGAUAGCGUAAUAGAGCUAUCCAGUGUAAAUAAAGUUAGGUUAGUGUACGUUUUCAACUGUAGUAAGUUUGGAUCGAUAAGGGAUGACCGUUACUGGACCUCCAGCAAAAACAAUUUAGAUCCCAAAAAUGGUGAAGCUGGUUUAUUAGCAUAGCUUGACCAGUUGCCAUAGCUAGCUUUGCGACUGGAUCUGACAGUCUAGAACUAUAACUUAACCAGUAUAAAAUAAACUUCAGGUUAGGUUUGUGUAUUGGACCAAUAAGAGGUGGCUCUUCUAUAAAUAGAUUGAGCAUUGGGCUAGUAUUCCAAAGGUCAUAGGUUCGAUUCCCACCGUGGCAGGCAUAUUUUAAUUUUCAAGCUUGACCGGUGUGGAUAUACACUCAGAGUAACAUCACAAACAUCAUAUUCACCUGAGUACACAACACCAACACAGAAAAAAUCAUGAUUAAUAGAUUUCUGUUUAAGUGAACAUCCUGCUAUAUUUAGAUGGUAACAACGGUCACCGAGAUUUCUUGGCCAUCAGUUUGGUUGAUGGAAGGAUUCGAGUUGGUUUGUCGUUUGGAGGGCAAGGAGAACCUCUGCUGAUCAAUAUGAUUAAAGGACCGAGCCUGAAUAACGGGAAAUGGCAUCAUGUUCAAGUGUCACACGAGAGAAAGGUUUGUUUUCAUCGAGUGGUUGUUUGACAGUCGCUUCGCGUGAGCAAAAUUCGCAUUGUACACAUCAGUAUGACAAAAUUCUUGUGUUUCUUAAGGACGUGACGUUGAUUAUUGAUCACUGCAAGUACGCGGAUAUCGUCGUCGAUGACGAAAGAAUUGUGGAAUUACGAGAGAAUUGUGAAAUUAUUGCGAAAACCACACAAAACUUUGAGUAAGUAAUAGCGAUACACAGUCACAGAAUAGACUAUACAGAAGCCCGACUUCUUGCUUUUCCUAUGAUUUUCCAAUGAUUUUGGCGUAACCGUAAUUCGUCAUCAAAAUGCUAACGCCAUGGGCUUAGCCAGUGCGCGUUUGAGAGGCAUUCACCCCCCUGAAAAUAUUCAAAAUGGCGGACGUCCAGGGGGUAAUGCCCAUUGAGCUAUAAUAUUACGUAAUAUUAUAGCUCAGUGGUAAUGCCUCUCAAACGCCUACUGGCUGGCUCAUGGCGUCAGCCUUUUAGAUGAUGAAUCAUGACGUCGUAGCGGUUACUCGAGUCGACCUUCUGUAUGUCUUUAUUCUGUGACACAGUCAUUCUUCUGAAGUUGUCUGAUUAUACUUUUACCUCGAUAACAUAUGAGUGGGUUAGGCACAUAGGCCUAGGGCAGAUCAUUAAUGAGGUAUGGACUAAUAGCGGCUGCUUAAAGCGCCAUUUGUAAGCUCACAGUCUACCUCGUUCUGCUUCACGCCAGUUCCGGCUGUAAUUGUGAUGCGCAUUUGAUCAUAUACAUAAGUAAAAUCGCGCAAUAGAAAUAUUAAAUAUUAUAUUAUUGUUAUUAAUCUCGAGCUGUCGGUGCCAGUUAUAUUUUUCACGUGGUUGUAUAUUUCUCUUAAUCCGCAUCAAGUUAGUUUGUCUAGGUUUCCUCCUGUAGUAACACUGCAUCAAUAGCACUGGACCACUAAGAGAUUACUCUUACUGGGCCUAGAUAGUGCUAUCCAGUUCAAAGAGGGUCAAUGUAGUAUCCUACAUUCAUAAUAUUGUCUUUCGCACUCAGGUUUCUGAAUGGUCUUGGUCCGAUGCAGAUUGGUGGUGUUGAAAACAUGCCUUUAGAUUAUCCUACUUCAAAGUACAUCGAGUAUAGACAUUUUCACGGUUGUAUACGUAAGAUCACAGAGAACUUGGAGAUGUACGACUUAGCCUACCCCCUGAAGGUCGUGAAUGCCCCAGCUGGAUGUACUAUCAUGGCGACGUGUCCCACGUGUUUGAACGGCGGUUACUGUUUCCCAGGCUUCGCCCGCAGUGUUUGCUCCUGCCCAGCGGGUUUCGUUGGUGAUGACUGCAGCGGAAGUAAGUACUUGUAUUGUUAUAAUAUCGCCAAUGCUCUGGGCCCGGGGCAAAACUUUCCAGGGGGGGGGGUAUGACGUCAUAAUUACAAAACGGGAGAAACGUCGUUUUACAGUUAUCACACCUUAUUACAUAUUACACUAACGCAGCUAGGGUUUAUAUUCUCAUUUAAGCAAUUUGUAUUAAGAAUUUUUAAGGGCCUUUGUUGCUGUAGGGGCACCUAACUUCGUUACUAAGAAAACGUCUCUCAUUUAGAUGCUCCGCGGUAUUGGUAUAUGGAGAACAGCUUCACUGAAUACACUUUGCCGGGAGAAGAAAAGCGCAAGAAACGAGCGGCAGCCCAGGAACCAGGAGAUCUAUUAGAUCGUUUUAGUAAUUUUAUCACUAUGCAAAUACGGUUGGAUCCUGGCGUCACUGAGGCGAUAUUUUUCUUUGCUGUCAGUCAAGAUGGAAUGGAGUACAGUAGAUUGGGGGUACGUCACUGGAUAUAUUAUCACAGAAUACCCUUGGCCAAGGGGGGGGGGGGGGCAGUGCCUCUUGUAAGCGCUAGGAACAUGAGGACAACAUUGCGAGGGAUUUGCACUGUUUUGCGACUGCGAAUUAUACUUCAAUUAUACUGUGAAAAGUGUGCCUCCACUUUGAGUCUACAUAUAACUAGAACUGAUAGAUUCAUCUUAUCUUGAUAAAGUUAGUUUAGUUUAGAUUUCCUUCUGUAGUAACACUGGACCUCGAUGGACCUCUGGGAAGAACAGUUUAGGACUGAUAAAGCUAUCCUGUAUCAAUACAUUUUUUGUGCUUCAGAUUUCCGCAUGUAGUAACACUGUAGCAAUACGGAUUGGCACUUUCUGGACCUCUAUAGGGAGAGCAGUUUAGAAGUGACAAAGCUAUCGUGUAUAAAACAGUUAGUUUAGUGUUUAAAUAAAUUUCUUCAGUAGUAAAGUUGCACCUGCUAGGGGAUAGCCUUUGCUGCAUCUCUAAGGAGAACAGUUAAGAGAUAUUCCUACCUUCCGCGUACAACAAUCUCUUCUAUUUCCUUUUAGUACGAGGAGCAAAAGUUGUAUUAUGAGUUCAAACUAUUGGAUGCCUUGGUUCGACUAGAGAUGGAUCCAAAGGCUGACGUAGCGGACGGAAAGUGGCACAAUGUGACAGUGAAACGCGAAGGAAACUUUGCUGUACUUCAAGUGGAUUAUGCAGGAAGAGUCAGCCGAAAUACAGGUUUGGAAUUACGUCUACAUAAAUGAAUAAAAUGUUGGUGCAUGUGAUAUAAUCUCGAGCGUGCUGUGCCAGUGUGGCUAGUGCCAAUAAAAACAACUUUGGUUGCUGUGAAUGCAACUACACACGUAAUAACCUCGCAUCUUGUAGCAAGUCUGCCAACAAGCCGUCAACAAGUUGUGUUCACAUUGCUUGUUCCAAGUUGUCAAGAAGUUUGGAACAAGCUGUUGACAACUUGUAACAACCUUGUUGAUAUUAUCAGGCUGUUACAAGGUUGUUCCAACAAGUCCGAUACAGUUAUGAUAUAGCAGUAUUGUUACAACCUUGUGUCGUCAACUUUGUAAUAUUCUUGUUAUGUCAUGACUGUAUCAGACUUGUUAGAACAACCUUGUGACAAGCCUGAUAAUGCCAUCAGGCUUGUUACAAGUUGUUAACAGCUGAUCCAAACUUGUUACAACAAUUGGGAACAAGCAGUGCGAAGACAACUUGCUGACAGCUUGUGAACAUAUUUGUAACAACUUGUUUGCAGACUUGUAACAACUUGUGCGUUUUUACGUGUGUACCUGAAACAUUUCAAGGAGAAAUGUGCUUGUGCCUUUCAUGUAGUUCAUUCAGGAAUAUUUAACCAGAGUGGUUCACCCUUAUUUAUUUGCAAACCCUUCAGGUGGAACCAAACAGUUAAUACGCAUGAGCAGUGGUAAGAUUGUGGUUGGUGGAUUGCCCGACAUCGCUCCGAACAUGACGACUGUCAACAAAGUCGUAGAACAGUCCGUCACCGAUCGCCGAUAUCGUCGCUCUGCGGGGACCAUACUUGGUGUUACAACUGGUGGACGAGCUGUGAAGGGUGUUAGCGGUGAUAUGCAAGGUUUGAGAUUAUUUUAUAUUGUACUUUUAUAACACUAAGACCAGUCAUGAUCCAGUGAUCGGAAUGUUCAAUAGGCAAUUCCAGCUUUUAGUUUAUGCGUGCAGGGGACGAUGGGAAGUACUGUAAGGUAUCACAUUGGUGAUUAUGCUGAAAAACUAAAAAUGGUGGCCGUGUAAACACGGAGUGAUAGCUUAUACUUGUAAAUAUUGAAAUAUUUCGGUUGUUUCGGUAGUUGUUAUUGAAAUUUUUCGGCAUAAUCAGCAAUAUGAUACCUUACUUCCUAUCAUCCCCUGCAGGCAUAAACUAAAAGCUGGAAUUGCCUAUUGUAUUUUCAUUGUUUUGAGAAUCCCACUGUCGUAUUAAAGCCAUUUAUCGUCAAGAUUCACCCAACUAUAAGGUCCUACAAGGUCCUUGGGUCAUCUGACAAUAUGCAAUUCGCGAUUCCCUUUAUUACGUUCUUGUAGCGCUUUGCAUUGUGGUUAUAGUGGUAUCACUGAUAAAGAUAGCGGCCUCAAAUGAAAAUAUUGAAUGUUUUUGCGAAUAUUUUGCUGUUGGCUGUCGCGCACCUGACCCUAGCUUUUUUUUAAAGUUCUUGCACGGGUCAGGACAAAAAAUAAGCCAUCUUGAAUAUCAGUGAUACCACUAUAACCACAAUGCAAAAGCGCUACGAAAACGUAAUAAGGGGAAUCGCGAAUUGACCAUUCCCCUGGCAUCUUGAACAUCCAAGUAAGCUUUUGUGGCAAAGCUUUCAAUGAACCUUUAUAACUAAAAAGUAAUUUUUAUUUUCAAGGCUGUAUGGGCAGCAGCAGUUACAAUGGCAAGAACAUGGACACAGACCCGAAUAUUAAAAAAGAAAGAUUGAAUGUGGAGAUAGGAUGUCCUUGCUCACGGCGUGUGCAUCUAUGUCGGAAUGGUGGGGUUUGUGUUGCCGCUGCCGAACCAUUCUGUCAAUGUACCCAUGGUUGGUCAGGAAAAAAUUGUGAGAAAAUAGUGUAUGUUGCCCCUGUACUUGGUGAGUAUGAUGUACUAUGAUGUACUAUGAUGUACCAUAUAGAAAACACUAAUUGCUUGCUCGUGUUAUAAGAGUCAACAUUUGUGAAAUUGUCCACAUCGCCAUUUUAUCGCCUACACACGCAAAAAUCUCACAUCUUUUAACAAGUUUUUCAACAAGCCCUCAACAAGUUCUCUUCGCAAUGCUUGUCACAAGUUGUCACCAAGUUUGGAACAAGCUGUUAACAACUUGUAACACGCUUGAUGGCAUUAUCAGACUUGUUACAAGGUUGUUCUAACAAGUCUGAUACAGUCAUGAUAUAACAAGAAUGUUACACGGUUGACGACACAAGGUUGUAACAAUAUAUCAUGAUUAUAUUGGUUGUUACAACUGUUAACAAGUUACUCCAUACUUGUUGACAACUUGAGACAAGCAGUGUGAACUAUGAACACAACUUGUUGACUGUGUGUUGGCAGACUUGCUACAAGAUGCGAGAUUUUUGCAUGUGUGUAUCACUACCUUGAUAUUCACUGAGUUUUGUUAAUGUUCACAGGUAACAGAGUUGACGGUCGUGCAAGAUGGAAAGAUGGCGGCGUGCUUGUUGUUAUUUUUAUUGUCGUGUUGUGUGUCUUGAUCCUAGCCAUUGCUUUAUUGGUAAUCAAGAAGCGUCGUGAAGCGCCGUAUUCGGUACCGGUCGGAGACGAAGGUCAAGACAGCAUUAUGCCGUAUCAUGACGAUGGAGCCGGGGAAGAAGACACAUUCAAUUAUGAUAUCCAUCAUUUGAUGAAGUAUUCCUAUCGAGAUGGUCAUGGCACUAUCACCAAGUCUGUGAAUGGCAAGGAGCUUGCCACUGAGAACGUUGAACUGUUGUCUCAAGGAACUGAUGGAGUUAUGCCUGGAAGUAAGACUCACCUUGUAAACAUAUUUAUAACAUUUUACAUAAUUUGACUGAUAUCCACUUAACAUAUUUGAUUUUUGGAUACAUGAACUUAUUGUGUUUAGCUUUUGCCAGACUGACUCGUUAGUCGUUUACAUGAAUAUUUUGAGUCCGGAACGAGAAUCGCCCCAGAGCCCAUAAGCCAAGCCCCAUAAGCCAAGCCCCAUAAAUUGCAAGUAAUAUUGCCUCUUGCAAUAGUCGUUGCAAGUUCCAGAGAAAGUAGAGCCUGCAGUCUAGUGUCCCUAUUUGUAGGAAAUGAAACAAUCACGAAACAGACUAGCCAAUCUUGUUUCUAAAACUUUCACCUUUGUUGUUCAUAACUUAUUAUUCAUUUUUAUUUCUCAAGGAUAUAAAGGAUAAUUUUAUUAAAUUAACCUUCUGUAUAUAUCCUUGAGAAAUAAAAAUGAAUAAUAAGACUAGCCAAUGAUCAACAUACGUAAAUCUGAUGGUAUUAUAGGUUGGAAAACAAGUUCAGCUGUCUGACAUCUCAGUACAACCUGUAUAUAUAUUAGGAAAAUGUGCAUUGUAAAUGGCCUGGGGGCAGUUUGUACGAAGGCCGGACAGCGCUAUCCAGUGGACAGUGAUUUCUUAAACCUCUCUAAAAAUGCCUGAAGCUACAGACUAAUAUGAUCUGUUUUUUCUGCAGGCUCUGCAGGUAUGAUGAUGAGAGAACGUAAGGACGUUAUGGCAAGGGAGAGUGUGGACCUCUGGCCGUUCAUCCUGGAGCGAGUACAGAGAGCUGACGAAGACAUGAGUUGGUGGCCAGAGGACGAGAUGCGACACUGGAGUGAUGAAGGAGAUGAAGGUGAGCCUGCAGACCUCAGUGAGAUUGAAGACAGCGAUGACGAAGACGAACCCGAGCAAGACUGGGAUUUCUUGAAGGACUGGGGAAGGAAAUUUGAAAAUCUCAACCAGAUCUUUAACCCUGAAGAAGAAGAAGACGAUGACGACGACGAGGAAACCGAGGCUUAGAGGACUGGUGACCAUUUCUCAGUAGACCUUUUCUUUAAGAAAGGAUUUUAUUUUACCUUACAGCAAGUUUUCCAUCCCCUUGGCUUAAUAUUUAGUUUUCAUUCUUUCAUAUAUAGCCUUUAUUUACUUUGGUCCAUUUAGUGCAACUUUUCUUUAAGAAAAGAUUUUAUUUUAUCUUAUAACAAGUUUUCAUUGGUCACUAAGCUUUAGGUAUUAUUAUAAGAACAUAUUUCACAAAUAUCCACAGGGUAACAACAUUUGUUAGUCCUGUUACCACUAGUGACUUUAUAUUUAGUUUUUCUUUUUCGUAUAUUUACUAUACUUAGGCAUUGAUCUCAGUGUUGUAUACAUUAGUACACAUUAGCUGUUACCAGUAAAUGGUUGGUUACCAGGUCUGACUUUUUUUGAAAUGUUCUUGAAAGAUUUUUUCAAGUUAGAAACUACAGUGAGUUAGGAAAUUGUCUUUGGUUUGCAAGUGAACAUGACGGUUUUCACUGCUAGUCAAUGAACUGCCAAUACAGCUAAACACAAAACUAAGUACCAAAACAAGCGACUUAAAGUUGCUCUACGUUUUUAAAACAUUCAUAAGCAUUCGUUCGUAUUGACCAUUCAAACCAAUUUAGUCAAGAACGUUGCUAAGCUUACGGUUGCUCAUUUAUCAGAAGUUAUGUUGUUGAUUUUUCUAAAGUGUUCUGAUAAAUUUGCAAGGUUGUUACAAUAUUUCUUAGACGUAAAUAGUAUUUUUGUUAUAGUUAUCAUGAAACUAGGUAGUUGGUAUAUACUACAGAACUUGAAAUUGAAUUUCAUGGAUACAAUGUGAUAAGGAAUCACUCUCAGAGUUUACAUAUAAUUAACCAUCUUUUUUGCGUUCAUUAGCAGUGCAAUGUUGGAACUUUGCUUCAAAUGAAUACGUAAGACUUUAGUUGUUUCCUUGUUCAAUAAUUUAAAUAUUUAGUAGUAUAAAUUUAAUGAAAUAAUGUGUGUCAAUAGUCUUUUUUAGUAAAUUUUGUAGAAAUAAGUAAUAAAACAUUUUCUGUUUGACUGUUUUGCCUCUCUGGUGUAAAAUAGCUAGAUUUCACUGGACUGCAGGUUGUGUUUUGGUAACGG